UGUCACCGAGCUGCCUGAAGCCAGAGAAAGGUGUCAGGGAUCUGCUCGAACUUCACCGUAAUUAAUCAUUGUGCAAAAAAUUGGUACGAACUUUUCUUGUGGUACCUGUCGCCAGCUGAAACACCAAGCGGUCGAAAGACAGUGGACUGGUUCGCCUGCUUCUUCUUUUUUUCCUUUUGCUCCUGUUAUGCUUUCCUGGGAAAUCCUCAAUGCUCUGAGUUUUUUGCAGCGAUGAAGUUUGCAGAACAUCUGUCGGCACAUCUGACUCCAGAAUGGAGGAAGCAGUACAUCGAAUACGAGGCUUUGAAGAAGAUGCUGCACUUGGCCCAGGAAGAAGCCCCAAACACAGAAGUUUCAGAACCUGCAGUUAUUCAACGAUAUUACACGUCACUGGAAGAACAAUUCUUUCAGAUAAGUGAGAAUGAAUUAACCAAAAUAAAUACAUUUUAUGCAGAGAAACUUGCAGAGGCCCAAAGAAGAUUAGCAACACUACAGAUUGAACUUGAAUCAGUAUUUGAUGCCCAGAGAGCGAUCGAAGCAAGAUCGGGGCACUGGAGGAGCAUCCUUCUUAAAGCACACAGGCACCGGGCACGACACAAGACCAUGUGUGACCUGAAACUGGCCUUCAGUGAACUAUACCUUAGUCUAGUCCUACUGCAGAAUUAUCAGAAUCUCAACCUCACAGGUUUUACCAAAAUCUUGAAGAAAUACGAUAAGAUGUUCAACGCAUCGAAGGGGGCGGGCUGGCAGGCAGCCCUGGUGGAGAGCUCUACAAUGUACACCAGCAAGAAGAUAGACCAGCUAAUAAGCGAGGUGGAGUCACUCUACACCAAUCAGCUGGCAGGAGGGAACAGAGCACGGGCAAUGAAGAGGCUUCGGGUUCCACCACUAGGAACAAUCCAGCCUGCCCCAGUGUGGACCACCUUUCGUGUGGGAGUGCAGUGUGGACUCAUCGUGGCAUUAUCUGUGCUGAUAAUCAUCAAAGGUCUCCAUGUAUCCCAGAAAGCCAGCGUGUGGCCCCUCCUGCGGGCUUACAGAGGCGGCUUCAUUUUGAUCGAGUUUGUCUUCCUCUUGGGAAUUAACAUCUAUGGCUGGAGAAAGGCAGGAGUAAACCAUUGCUUGAUCUUUGAACUUGAUCCCAGGAACCACCUCUCCCAUCAGGAUUUGUUUGAGUUGGCAGGUUUCCUGGGAGUUCUCUGGUGCUUGAGUCUACUCGCCUGCCUGUUCAGUGCUUACAUCCACACUCCAAUGUCCGUCAGUCCUUUGCUCCUGUAUGGUUUCAUGGUGCUUCUUCUCGUGAACCCAACCAAAACCUUCUACUACAAGUCCCGCAUCUGGUUAUUGAAAGUUCUGUCCCGUGUAGCAACCGCCCCCUUCCGUAAAGUGGGGUUUGCCGAUUUCUGGUUGGCCGAUCAACUCAACAGCAUGGGGCCAGUCUUCCUGGACCUCUGGUACUUGAUCUGCUUCUAUGGAUUUGAGUUAAACUGGGAGAGUAACGAGGGUCUCCUGAGCCCACCUGCAGAUAAAUACAUAACCAGUGGCAACUCCUAUGUAAUGACCUGCUUUAUCCAAUGUAUUCCACCCUGGAUCAGAUUCACUCAGUGCCUCCGGAGAUACAGGGACAGCCGGGAUGCAUUCCCGCACUUAGCAAAUGCUGGAAAAUACUCCACGGUUUUCAUUAUGGUAACCUUUGCAGCUCUGUACUCAACGGAGAAAGAACGCUCUCAGUUGACGGUUGGUGUAAAGGUUUACUUUUACCUGUGGGCCGUGACAACCUGUGUCAGCACCAUUUUCACCAUUGGCUGGGACCUGAAGAUGGACUGGGGUCUGUUGGACAGGAAGACCAAGGAGAACAAGUUUCUGAGAGAAGAGACAGUAUACUAUUACAAAGUCUACUACUACGCUGCCAUGAUUCAGGAUGUGAUACUUCGUGUUGCUUGGGCCCUUAACAUCUUGUUCACUAACACAAAACAAUCGGAGGUGGCAGAAAUCAUCUCCACUACCCUGGCUCCACUGGAGGUCUUCAGACGAUUUGUCUGGAAUUUCUUCCGGUUGGAGAACGAACAUCUGAACAACUGUGGCCAUUUCCGAGCAGUCCGUGACAUCUCCAUCAUGCCCCUGAACAGGGAAAGCCAGGCCACUCUGCUGCUGCUCAUGGACCAGCAGGAAGGCGUCAGGAAUCGUGGAAAAGUCAAAGCUAGCAAGAGGAAAACCAACUUCUCCUUUAAAAGGUCAAGAGUCAAAAGCUGGGAAACGAAAGUUCACAUUGAAGAGAUGGAGUGAUGUGACAAAGCUGAACCAAGUUCCCUUGAAACACUUAGCAGAGGCAUGGGGGCUGUUUUGAAUGCUCCAAACUCAUUUGGGUGAACUGAACUGUUCAUUGAAAUAAAAAGACUGAAGCCACUGACUUCAGAGAAAAGUCAUACUUUUAUAAAACUAAAUACUAUAUACAUAUAUAUAUAUAUAUAGGAAAAAAAUCAGCUCUUUUCAAAUGACCCUGCAUUGGUAGAGGGUGUUGAUACUCUGCUGGUCUCCUCGACAAAGAUCUGCUCAAAGACUCACAAUCAGAGACCUUCUCUAGUUCCAAUCUUCCAACACCAAACUGGCUAACUUUCCCAUUGCUUUCCUCUUCUGGCAAAGAAGAACUGGUCUGGUCUCAGCACCCCUGACUUUCCUUUCCAUAGUCUAACCAACCCCUCUUUUGGUGGCACAAAUGAAAUUUUGUGUGGAAUUACAGGUGCGAAUCCUUGCCCAUUUAUAACAUUACGUGUAAUAUCAAGUUGUGGUUUUUGUAAGCACGUUAUCUGGACAAUCGAUGUCAAAUUGUCAAAUGAAUGAAAGAGUCCAAGUCUUAAAGAGCUAAUUAGAUUUCAAGACAAAAUUAAAUCUGAGUUUUAAAUGCAGCCAGAGAUUGUCAAUAUUAGAAACUUGCAUCACGCGCAUACACACACACAUACACACACACACACACACAUUGAAAGCAGACGAACAGUUUAGAUUGCUACAGCCUUUGCAGGAAGAGAGAAUCUAAGACAUGCAGAAGGUAAAUUACCAACGCAGAAUGUUUACUGUGGCAUCUUGGAUGUUUGAAUAAACAGAUUCUGCUCUGGUCUGGAGUCUCAUAUUUAAGGAAUAACUGGUUAAGAUUCCAGUAUGCGAUCAAAGCUGUAAAAUGUGAAUAUUCAAAUGAUGGUUUGGUCUUAGUCUCACUUUACAGUUGACUAAAGGAGAGUUUAUUAAAAAUGUAAUUGCUGCCCCGUAGUGUUAGCUGUGUGUGGGCAGCAACGAAGUGACUCCGUGUUUUAAUCCAAUAUGUAUGUGUCUGAGUACAGUGAUGUUACAUAGAAUCAGUUGCUUGAAGAUAUUAGUAAUAGGCAGUUUGUCAAGUCAGAUCAACCUGCUCUAUUUUGUGAACUAGGCUUCCAUUCCAAUCCUACGGACACAUGAAUGGAUCAAUAAACUUAAAACAGGGAAGGGGGGGGCAUUGGGACAGUGGGCUUAGAGAGUAGUGUUUACAUUCAUAAAGUCAAAAGCUGAGAGAUAAAAGUGAGGAGCUGGAAAGAUCCCAACAGAUGUCAAUCAAUCUACAAUGCUGCCCAGCUUGGGAAUGAAUCAAUGUCCACUGAACUUAACUGUUAGGAGGCAGUUAGCGUAUGUAAAUAAUUUUGGUGUAAAUAAUUAAAUAUUUUGAAGUU